CGACGGAGUAAGAUGGUCAGGAAACGUCGAAAACGGGCGUGACCGUGCUCAAUCCUUCGAGACUACAACGCCUUUCUGUGUCGAUUUCAGGUGCAAUUCCAUGCCAGCAUCCAUUCUUGCUUUUUAUUAAUAGAGCGCCGGGGCAAUAAGGCACAAGAGGGAUCGAGUCGCUAUUUCCCGGCGCCUGCGCAUCCACAGUAUAUAUAUAUAUAUAUAUAUAUAUAUAUAUGCGCCCGGCUUGCUCGUCCGGUCCGAACUCCAGCUCAUAGCUAUAUCAACCACCCGCCCGCCCGCCCUGCUCUAUCUGCUACCUGCUCGCGCUCUCGUGUUUAUUACCCCUCAGCCUUGCAUUGCACCACGGGGCGCGACUUGUCCAUGGACCAGGCUCUGACCCCAACUCUCCUAGAUCUCAGUUCUCUAGGGUACCAAUACCAAUACUCUUUCUUACUACUCUGUCUUCAAGCAUACUGUUUCUCCUCCGCCCAGCUCCAGCCUUGCACUGCCAUCCCUGGUUGUUGAUCCUGGGCUUCCGUCAACACCCCCAGCAUCGAGCUUUGACAGGCCUGUUUCUCGGGGAAAUGCGGUGACGAAAACCGCUUAAAUAUAUCCGUUUAUCACUCCUUUAUCAGUCUUUCCUUUUUCGUGCUGCAUUAUAUUUGUAUCUUGCCCUCCGGCCGCCCUAGCGCGACUUGUUCAACAUUCGAUUAUCCACUUCCGGAGUGAGACAUCUCCUCCGUUAGAAUUGAAGCGGUAGCCCCCGCCUACGAUCCCUUCCUCCGAAAUCUUUCUAUCUGGAUUUGACCCCCAAUACCCCUUGAGUUCUUGAAAAGAAGGAACGGGUUUUGUUUCAUGGGUAAACCGCCCGUUCGACGAGACCCGCAAUAGCUUCACGAAAACCACAAUCCAGAUGGCGCCAAUGCAGGUGGAUAUCGCCGCGAACUCUUUCUCGAUGCCGAUUUCUGAACUGCCUGCCGACACGGAGGUAGAGUACCUGGCGGAAGGCGGUGCAAAUAUUGUCUACAAGAUGACUGUCCCAGAGAGCAAUAGAACGAACAGCGAAAUAAGGGGCCAACGAGCGAUCUAUCACGGUAAACUCCUACGUCUAAGGAAACGCAUCGACUCCGGCACACCAUAUACAGAAACAGCAAGAAACUUUGAUUCCCAGAUCCGAAGCCUAUUUCGCGACAACGAGCUUGUUGCCCAGGAGCUGAUCAAGUUGCCUAAGAACUUCGUUUCCUCCUGUAAUGAAAGAUUAAAAGAAGAUGAGACGAAUGGCCGUCGACCGAAACAACGUCAUGGUGUAUACCUAUCUACCAAAGAGCCUUUCGGGCUACUCAUCACCGAUAUGAGUCCGUCGCUAGGAUCGGGCGCCGAUCUGUGGGAGUUUAAGCCUAAGUGGCUCAUUCAGUCUCCAUCAGCGCCGCUUAAUGCUAAGAGAUGUCGGACUUGUGCUCUGCGGGCAAUGAAGAAUCAUCAGGCCCGGCAGAGAGGGGAGAAGGCACGCGAAGGAUUUUGUCCUCUGGACUUGGUCUCCGAUGACUUUGAGCACGUGCUACGUGCUGUCAAGUCAAUAAAGGGGCCGCAACACGGUAGGAUACGCGUCACGAAGUUCCUACACCGGAAUCCCACGCUUCUAAAGCUUCGAGAUUGCCAGCAGCGAAUGAACGCUGUUGGUCUACCCGGUCUUGACGCAGACUAUCGGGACAGAGCGGUCUCGAUGACCCUGAGGGACUGCACGAUGUUCGUGAAGGUUCCACGCGACGAGGCUGAAACUCCCGAAGUUCGACUCGGAGAUCUCGAUUUCAAAAGCGGAACAGGAGGGAAACUGGAAUACUGGCGAGGGAUUGAAACUCGGCUCAUCGAGGAUGGAUGGUAUCAAGGGACGGAUGCUGCCAUGGAGGAUGGCGGCGGUUGCUCUUUGCAGAAUAACCGCAAGGAUACCACUCGAGGUGAAUAGGCAUGGAUAACGAAAGCCAUGGACGAGACAGACUGUAUAUACAACUUUCUUGGGGACCUCAAAGUCCGCGGGGUCGUAAAUAACCUCGGGAUAAGCCGGUUGGGCGAACGAUCGCAUUGGAUACAGCUGGCAUAGCCCCUUUUGUUGAAAUACUUCUCAAGAAGAAGAAUGACAAUAUGAGUAUUAUCAUUAA